AGCGAGUGUAUAUAAGGUCAAGUAGCGCUCAUCCCCUCUUUCCCAUCUAUCUCCACAACCCACCGAUACCACCAUGUCCAUCACAGGUGCUUCUCCGGCUCACGUCGUCGUCAUCCCCGUCGCCAUCACCGGACACCUUCGACCUCUCCUCCAGCUGGUCCUCAACCUUCUCCAAGCCCACCCCAAUCUACACGCCUCCCUCCUCGUCAGCCCCUUCGCCGCCGCCCAAGUCCAGCGCAACCUUGUCCAGCUCACCGCAUUCCUCGGUCUCGACUCUGUCGAUCAGCUGAAGGCGGGCUAUAAGGCGGUUGUUGACCGACUGCAGCUCGUCGAGUGCUGUACCAAGGGCUUUGAGCCCUCAUCCGUUUUGAGUGCUUCAAGCGCUCAGAUGGAAGCCAAAGACUUUUCCGAGGCUCUCCCGGGUGCUCUUGCUUCGUUAUACGACAGCUCUAGGCAAGCCGAGGGUGCGGAGAACAAGUUUGCGAGCAUCAAGCCUACUUCCAUUAUCUACGACUUUCUAAGAUACUUUGUUCCCGAGAUCACCCGCGCCGUGCUCAAUGCCAGCAACAUUCCUCUCCCUCCCCUCGUCGCAUUCAUGCCGACCAACUCCAUUGGCGCCUACCAUGCAAUGACGUACGAGGACAAGGGUGGUGCUUUUGCCCGCCUCGAUCGCCUCACCAAGGAGGAGAUCGCCAAGGGAUCCACACCGAAGGAGGCUUACCAAAAGUACACCAACGUCUUUGACGGCAAGGUGAUCAAUCUCCCUGGCCUCCCGCCCAAGUUUGACUACGAGUACAGACCUCAUACGUGCUGUCUUCCUGGUUCCCCCGAGAUGCUCAUGGGUGUUACCAAGGCCUCUGUGGGCGUGCGAGACCCAUCGGUAACUGGCCUGAUCUUGCCAGGGUCGGAGAUUGGUGCUGAAGGUGCGGACGCUUUGGCUGCUGACUGGGGCAGGGAUCUCUACAUUGUCGGUCCCCAGGCGCCUGCUCAGAUUUGGGGUGGAAAGACUGCUAGCAAGGCUGCUACUCCCGAUGACGCGAAGGCUUUCAAGUUUUUGGACGACAUGAAGGCUAAAUAUGGUCCCAAGUCUGUUGCCUACAUCAGCCUGGGUACCCUCUUCUACCCCCUCCUCCGGCCCGAGAUCAUGCGGUCGAUCUUCAAGGGCUUACGCGAAGCCAAGAUCCCCUUCCUCUUCGCCCACUCUUCCGCUGUUCUACCCACACCUACCGAGUUGAUCAACGAGUUUGAAGGCGAUGAGGAUGUGUGUAUCGUCAAACACGCUCCUCAAGUUUCUGUUCUGGCGAACGAGGCUACAAGGUUCUUCAUCACUCAUGCGGGGAGCAACUCGAUCUCUGAAUCUAUCCUCACCAUCACCCCCACCGUCACCCUGCCCUUCUUCUUUGACCAGGCCGAGAUUGCCGCUCAGCUCGAACAAGCCGGUGUCGCUAUCGACCUGAAGCAAACCAAGACUUUCAAGGACCCUGCGCACAACAAGCUUUAUGACGGUACCGUGAUCGUCGGUACAGAGCAGGCUAUCAAGGAGGAGCUGGCUUCUGUCUUUGAAGCGUUGAAGGGUGUCGAGUAUGAGAAGAUGGUCCGGAAGUUGGGUGAGAUUCGGGCUGCUGUAGAGAAGGACAAGAAUGAGGGGAAGGCCAAGGAGGCCAUGGAGGCCUUGGGCAAGCUGGGCCUUUCUGCUUAGAUACCUGAUCACUCCUGAGUUUUCUGUGCCGAUGGUAACGCAGUACAAAACCAUUGAUAUAUCGAAAUGUGGUGGUAUGAAUAGUCGCUUAUCUUCUGG